UUCUCACCGAUUCCAAAAUUUCGGAUGAGGCAACCGCAUUGGUUUGUAUCCGUCAAUUACACACCCGAUUCAACGUGCCCACAGUGAUUCUGAGUAGCAGUAGCAUAAUCUAUCGGGCUAAUACAUCUGAUUCGGAACUUGUUGAACGGAGAGACAUCAUGUUAGGUUUUGCCAGUCAUCGUAUCGAUUUACACCAACAAAGUGGAGAUUCACAACCGGCUCGCUCAGGUGAAGGUCAACUGAACAAUCAGAUAUCAAGUGAGUGA